AUAUAACCUUAGUUUAUGUACCAUACAUGAGAUUCAAAUAUUUCAACACUGAGCGAAACUUAUAUCACAGAGUGAAAAGAUCAAUGUUGACGGUUGUUUCAUUACUCAUGACUGAUCCUUUAUUUAAAAAGCUUUGCGGACAGCAAGAAAGAAAUUGUCUGUUGAAAAAGCAGGCAACAAGGACCAAAAUAGAUAAGCUGACUCUUCUAAUAGAAGGUGUAAAGCUGCUGAAUUGAAUAUUAAGAAGCUCAAGGUAAUGAAACAGCCAUGUGUGAACUUCUGUCAAGAACAUACUGCUCAGCACAUACCAAUCCGUCAAGUCUUAGCAUGAAUUUCAAAAGGUUUAGUGUAGUUUGUUAUCAAUCCAGUCACAGUAUAUUACGGAGCUUGAUGGCUUGAGGAUAAAACUAAUGCGCAGUCUGACCUUGAGGGCUUGAAGGCUUCUGUACUUCUGCCAGGCAGCAAGAGGUUGAAGAGUUGAUGUAUGAGGCUGAGAUAUGUGGAACGGGGUGAUGACAGCCUUUGGACAGAAUCCUGGACAUGUCAUGAAGCAGUCGGCUCAAGUUCUUCUGGUGAUGCUGCUGGUCUGGAUGUUGCUCUUCUUUGCUAUCUUCACCUACUUUUCAGACUCUCAAGUUAACCAGCCACACAAGUCAGUUACCAUCUCGGUCAGUCAGCAUAGUUCCAGAAACAUCAAAGAAUUCAGCAAAACCAGAGUGCAGAGGGGUUCUUUCCAGAGCAGACAAGUAUUUCCAGUUCCUGUCAAGCUGGAUGAGUGGCUAUAUUUUAGAAAUAAAGGAAUUACGAAAGGCAAGAUAAGGACUAAAACUGACAAUUCUUUGUCGCUAAUCCAAGGUCUGUGGAAUGGACAGGUGUCAUCCAAUAUGUUAAGUCAACGACUACAAGAAGCCAUGAAAGAUGGCGUUCGUCGCAAUAAGCACAAAGUUCUCUACAAAGGUCAACGUAACACAAACAGGGGAAAGAAGGAGUUACUGUGUCAGUUAAAACAGCAAGCACAGAUCAAGAUUUUGGAUGGCUCUGAACAGCCAUUUACUCGCCUAGGCUUUCAAAAGCUGGUUCCAACCCAACCCCUGGAGAAGGUGUACAGGACAUGUGCUGUCGUAAUGUCAGCGGCCUCAAUCCUUAACUCCUCUUUGGGACAAGAAAUUGAUUCCCAUGAUGGAGUGUUGCGUUUUAACUCUGCACCCUGUAAAGGCUAUGAAAGAGAUGUGGGCAACAAAACAACCAUUCGCAUCAUGAACUCUCAGAUUCUUGCAAACCCCGUGUACAAAUUCAACAACAGUUCUAACUACAAGAACAUGACUCUGGUAGCCUGGGAUGCUGCUCCUUAUAAAUUUGACUUGCAAAAGUGGUACCAGAAUCCAAAUUUUGAACUCUUCAAACCAUACAUUAAUCACAGAAAAAGCUUUCCAGAGCAGCCUUUUUACAUCCUGCAUCCUUCCUUUAUUUGGAAUCUCUGGGAUUUUGUACAAAGCAACACAAAGGAGAACAUUCAGCCCAACCCUCCUUCUUCUGGAUUUAUUGGUAUUGCUGUGAUGACGAAUCUGUGUGAACAAGUCGAUGUGUACGAGUACAUCCCCUCUAUGAGACAAACCAAUCGGUGCCAUUAUCAUGAGACCGUCAUCGAUACGGCCUGCACCUUUGGAGCAUACCACCCUCUGCUUUACGAGAAACUGCUCACCAAGCGCAUGAGCACGGCUUCUGAACACGACCUCAGGGAAAAGGGAAAGGUCACACUGACAGGUUUCUCUGAGAUCACCUGUCCAACGUGAUUUUCACGAUCCUAUACAAUUGUUUAAAAUACAGUAUGGAUGGUUCCAAAACUGAGUACUUUAUUCAGAAUAUUAAGGCUUUAUUUGGAGUGUUAUUUAAUAAUGGCUUUAAACAAAUAAAAAAUUCUACCAAAUAUAUUUGGCAGACACGGUCACUCCUCGCGUUUGCCCUGAUGAGAAGUGUAGAAUCUGCUAUUUAAAAUGCAUACGGUCGAGUCGCUCGACUGGCGCAUCCAUGUUGUGCCUCCAUCUUUGAAAUACAUUCGCAGACGAGGGACAUUCCUGAAAUUCAAGUUCCGCCUUUCGCGCUUUCAGACUACACUCACGCUGGCCUAGGGAUGUUCAUAUCAGUAAUUUUCCCGACCGACAACUGCAGCUUAUGAACCGAACAUUAACCGUUAACUUAUAAGAUUUUAAUAUUAAGUUGUCAUUGAGUAAAAAUACCGUGGACGGUUGUCUGUGUGACCUAGUUAAAACAAAACAUUUCACUUGAACGAGCAAACAGCAGCGACAGAUCAACAACAGAACCAGGAUUCAUACAUUAUCAUACAUAUCACGCAACAUUACCGUAUCAAAAAGCACGCGAUCAGUCCAGAUGAUUAAUAUCCAAAGAGGGCAGAUUGUCUCUUUUUCAUCUACCACAGUGGUCAUUUCUAAAGCAGGACGCUUUUCAAAAAGUUUUGCUUUUGCUUCGUCUUUCUCCGUUUGUGCAAAAAGAGAGAUGUUCAUGGUCAGGGUCAGAGGCCAUCAGCGAACGUCUGUCCGGAUGUGCGCGAGACGGAGACGGACCGCGUCAUCUUGCGCGGACAUGCACGCAUCUCCGAUCAGCUUCCAAACACUCACACAAAUGAUUUCUCAUAGAAAUGAAUACUUUAUCAGACCGUCAGGGCAGCAAUCGUUUGUGUCAUUUACAGGACAUUCACAAAUUAAAGAUAGAAAAGUGGCGAAAUGUCUGUCGGCUCAUGAGGACAGGCACCGUGCGUUAACAAAUAUUUUUUUAUGUUAACUGAUAAUGUUAAUCGGCCAUAAAUUCUUACCUUUGGUUAACGGUUAAACGGUCAAUGUGAACAUCCCUACGCUGGCCGCUAGCUGAAGCCUCCCGAGGUUGCAUGUGUAGGCGGUAUACGUCAUCAAGACAGUCUUAUUUCAGAAUAUUAACAAUUAUAAAGCUGACAAUUAUUCUUGGUUAAUUGUAAAUGUAUGUAAUAUGCUUAUGACUUGUGAAUGUAAUGCUCAGUUAAUUUAAAUAAACCAGGUUUGAUGACGUAUGCAGCCCACAUAUGCAACCUGUGCAGACUGAAUCCUUCGGAUUCAACAACAGCUGCAAACCGUGAUGAUCCCGCGAUCUAAUGCUUUGAUUUGAGGCAGAUUUGAAAGCCUGUUGAAGACCUAUUUUCGAGGACAUUAAAACACGUCGCCAAGGAAGCGAAAAGGGGAUUUAAAACGACAACGCGACAGGAAAAACAACAAGACCAAAGUCAAUAUUGGAGUAAUGUUAGUUUUCCAAGAUGGGGCUCAAGGGACAUAGAAGUUGCCUACUUUCUAUCUUCUCCACAGCUAAUUCAGCAUAUUCGUUUACAUCCAUGUUGUAAACUUGAAGUUUUAUAGUUCCUUGGCUAACUAUAGCAUGCUUAUGCAUAACACUUGUUAGUGUAAACACGCAUGUGUUUUAAUGUGUUCGAUGAAAAAGGAGUGUCUAAGCUACGUUUAUGGUUGCUUUUUGUAUGUGAUUUUAAGUGGACACAUCAUAAAAAUCUGACUUUUUCCAUGUUUAACAUAAAUCUGUGUGCUUUGAUGGAUCACAGGCAAAAUACAUUGCAAAUUGUUAAUUUUUUUCAUUGCUUUUGCUUUGUAGCUACUGGAAGCCAUGUUAACCUUGGCAUGACACGGCCACCGUACGAGUUAAAACGCGUUUCGAAUGGGGUGCGCUAGAAAGUAAUAUUCAUUUGGUUGUCAUAUAGAAUUUCACCGCUAGAUGGGAGUAGAUCUUACACAGUGGAGCUUUAAAGCAUGUGGAAUUACUGUCACAGGAAAAACUUUUACAUAUCCUAUUAUAUGAUGCUCAGAGAUAAGUUUUAAGUAAUAAAAUUAUCAACUACAGGAAGACCUUAAAAUGUGGCGGAUGCCCUUUUUAAUCUCAAAACAUGCUAUAUAAGUAGCUAUAUAAAUACUUGAAUCGCAUCUGUAGUGCUAUACUAACUGAAUUGAGCACGUGUUUUAGUUUUUUUGUGAUGCACCUGCGAAUUCAUAAUAAACUUGAGAUUAUUAAGUUUUCCCUGAACUAUAUGUAGUUUAUUUAUAUAACAAGCAAAAAACAACACAUAGAUUACCUAGGAAACCAAAACAUUUGUUAUUUUCGACGAGACAUUUGUUCAAGAGAUCAGUUUAGCAACUAGUCAGACCAUAAAAAAAAAAAACCGGAAGUAAAGUUCGGAUCCAGACGUGUAUCGCGUCAGCGCACAUGCGUCCGAUGAAACUGUCUAUUUGUGAGUUCACCUAUAUCUGGGCUUUGUGAAUAACCACAAUUAUUAGCAAAUUAUCCAAAAAUAAAACAGCAUGUUAGCAGGAGUAAAGAAGUUUGUUGGAGUCAUGUAAACAUCUUUGUCAUGUGAUUAAGUCCUUACUCUGAUUAUUGGAAAGAAUCACAUUAUUGAUAAACAUGUGAUUUUAAUUAUGACUAGGACUGAUUUGUUUUUUUGUGUGUUGAGCGCACUGAUUCAGAAAUUCUGUUACUGUUUUUGCUCCACAUUAUAAAAAUGUUUGUAGCUGGUGAGUGAAAUGUAUUAUUAAUUCAGUGAAUAAUAAUAAUAACAAAAGUAGUUAAUAAAUCCAUAAUUUAAACAUUUAGUAAAUAUGCUUAAUAAACCAA